AUGCAGCUUGCCAUGAUGCGUAGUUCAGCUUUGCCCCUUGAGCGCGGGAUCGUCGUUCGAAAAGCAGCUGAAAUAGUCUCGCAGCCAAUGAAAACCGCCACAGUUUCAGACUAUUGUCCAGACCGCAUCCUAUAUGCAAGCCUUAAUUACCCCCUUGGUGUUCGACGCCAUGCCCGCCGUUCGAUACAGCCAUAUUUAGUGCCCACUCCUGCCUCUUUACUUGCCACUUGUGACGAUCACUAUAGUGCUUCCGAGUCCACGUACUAUCACCAGAACAAGAUGAAGGCCUCGUUUUUCGUCACAUUGUCAGCGUCAGUGUUCGGUGUGGAGGCUCUUCUGAGCCUUUCCGAAUACGCGAAGAAUAUACCCAGCUGCGCCCACGCCGCCUUCAGAGAUGCCGUUGCCAAGGAGGGCUGCAGCACAACAGUGAUCGAUGGCAAAAGCUUCGACUGCGCAUGUUCGCAUGUAGGCGCCAUUGCCGUGCUGGUCCAGAAAGCUGUACCGUCAGACUGUUCAAUAGGUAUGGACCCCAAGCGCACCAAGAUAAAUUUCACCGAAGCCUGGGGGCAUUUCUGCGGAAUGUGGGGGGUCGACUCGACGACAGCGACCGACUUUGCAGCCGCGACGAGCGUUAUAGGAGCCGACUUUGCUGGAGCAGGCGCUGCUGUCGCCGAAGCAACGACGACUGCGGCAGCAGGAGGGACAUCCGCUUCGAAGAACUAUGCCGCUAUUGCGACGAUAGGUCCGAACCUGGGACUCUUUAGUGCUGCCGCGGUGGCUGCACUGGGCUGGUGA